AUGGGCGUGAGUGCGGUCAUCCGCGGAGGCUUCGGCUUCCUCCUCGACCGCCACCAUGACGUGCACGUCUCCACCAACAACAACAUCAACGUGACCCCCACCAACGCUCUCCACUCCUUCUUCCGCCGUCAACGCGAGGCGCCACUCCCCAUCACCCCCGUCUCCAUCCUCAAGUCCAUGCUCCAGCUCGACGACCUCCAGGCGCUCCUCUGGGCCUGGACCAUCGUCGCCAUCCUCCUUCUCUUCGCCUUCUGGACCAACCCCAACGAGGCCUCCUUCCGCCCCUUCCUCACCGACCUCGUCUUUCGCCAACGUCUCCGACUUCUCAACGAGGACGACGACGCCGCCCUCGCACAAUCAUCCUCGUCCCAACAUCCUCCCGCCGCACCUCGCUCCGACUCCAGACCUCACUCCUCCCUCCUCGCAACCGCCUCGGGCUCCUCGGCUCCUUUCGCUCUCACCUUUGGCUCCAAGCUCGCCCUCUCGGUGCGCACCCCGCCCUUUCACCGCAAAGAUCUAGGCCUCCUAUCCAUUGUCACCAUCUCCCAAAGCACUCCCAUAUCCACCUCCACUCCACAGCCAACCAAUGCCGACGCUGCGAUCGACUGCACCUCCCUCUUCAUCGGAGCUUUCGGAAAAUGGUGGGUUCUCGGCUUCGCCAUCCCUGAUCUCCCUGGCGCAAGGUCGCGCUCACCUCACCCUACCGACAAACCCGACCGCGAAGAGCUCGAGGAGAACAUCACCGAUCUCGCAGACUGGGGCGUGCUAGAGAUGCGCGCCAUCGACUCUGAAUCCGAUUCGCACCACACUCUCACCCACCCCAACAACACCCCUUCCGCCCAAGAUCCGCCAAAGAAUCACCAACCUCGCACCACUCCUCCCGUCCAGCCGCCCGCUCCAGUCGUCCAUCCAUCCCAUCCAGCUCAAAAAGACCUCGUCGACCGUGACACGCUCGAGAACGAAGACUGCCUCAGCAUCACCAGCCUCGUCGCUAGGUCGCGCUCCGAGGUCGCCGACCUCCACGACCAGCUCGCUCAGGUCCGCAGCGCUUCCACUCGCGCGUGUCAAGCACUCGAGCACGAUCUCGACCAAGUCCGCUCCAAGAAAAAGGAAGAGGAAAGACUGAGAUCCGACGUCAAAACAAGGACAAAGGCCUUGGACGACAGCAAGAGGCAGGUCGAAAGCGCCAGGCGCGAAGCAGAGAGACGCCUCAAAGCCGCAAACGCCGCCCGUGCGCUCAAACAGGCUAGCAUCCAACAGAGGAAGGAGCAGAUCGAAUCCCUCAAGAAGCGUCGCGCCAACCUCGUCGCAAGGAAGGCCACCAACGCAGAAAAGCGCCAGCAACGUUCCGACGAGCUUUCCCAGCUCAUCAGCCAGGCAAAAUCCAACACCGACAUGCUUCGUGCAGACAUCCAGAAUCUGCAGCAGGAGCUCGACGAGGCCCACAACCUACUUCAGCUCGAGAAGCUCAACGCUCGCCACGCCCACGAACACGACUUUUCGCGGGACGCUGCGCACCUCGACAUGCAUGCACCCUACUGGUCGCCCGCAUUGGAGCAGAGUCAACUCGACAGGCAGGACGCCAUCUAUGCUCAACUCGCCGCCACGCCCGAUCCACUCGUCGACACCCUCGCCCGCAUGGAAGAGCGCUCGCUCGCCGCCAACCAGUACUCCCCAUCGCUCCUCGACGCCGAGUCCGCCAUCUCGAUCAACAAGCUCCAGACGGCUCGCAUCGAUGGAUACGCUGACCUCGGCACUAGCGUCCUCCGCAACGCCUUCCGCCGCGCAAACGCCGCCGCCGUGGCAGACGGACACGAAACCUUGGCCACGGCGCCUCAGGGCCUCGCCAAUCCUUCCUUGCAGAACGUCUCCAACUUUGAGGCCAUCAAGCAGGCCUUCCAACCCACGCUCGCCACCGAGGAAGAUGGACGACGCUCUUGGUCUGCCUUUGACGUCUGGCAAUCCGAUCUCCGCAGUGGCGGCCGACAGCGCAUGCAGUGGUCCUCAGGCGGCGCCAACGCAAGUGCCGACUCCUUGCCCCACUUCAGCACCAGCAGCUCCUUCCUGCCCCUCGAUCGAAGCAACAGCGCAGAGCAAGGCGCCCCAUCCUUUGCCGGCUCCGCCAGUCCAGACAGCUCGCGCAACUUGUCCAAGGUCAAAAGGGCUUUCCGCUGGCCCUUCCGACCCAGUCAGGUGCAGGAUGAUCUGGUCUAG